AUGAUGGAUCAUCCUGACACUGCUCAAUGCUAUAGCAACCUUGGACUGGUCUACGGAGAAUUAGGCCAAUAUGAGAAGGCUCACGAGCAUUUGCAUCAUGCACUUGAACUCGACCGUAACACAAAUCCGUCUUUACAAAAUUGUGCCACCCGAUUCAAUAAUCUCGGUACCGUCUAUUACAAACAAAAACAUUUUGAUGAAGCAAAACAACAUUAUGAGCAGGCCUUGAAAUUACGAAUGCAAUGUCUACCAGCAACUCAUGAUCACAUUGCUCAAUCAUACAGCAAUAUUGGUGCUGUCUUAUAUGUAAAAGGAGAUUAUACAGGUGCAUAUGAUUCAUUUAUUAAGGCUUUCGAGAUCAAAUCAACGUCGUUGCCAUCACAGCAUCCAUCUAUGGCGAUCACAAUCAAUAAUAUUGCACGAGUACUUGUCGGUCAAGGAUUGUAUGAAAAAGCAAUUCCGUAUGCUGCCCAAGCGGUCGAUAUAUCCAGAAAGGCCCUUACAGAUAAUCACCCACAAACACAAGAAUUUAUAAACAGUCUUCAAUCAAUACGUCGAAAAUUAACUUCGUUGAAAAAUAAAUAA